UGUUUUCCCUGUUUAUUUCAUCACAGGUCUUUAGUGGUGGUUCAUUUCUGGGCCCCGUGGGCUCCUCAGUGUGUUCAAAUGAACAGUGUCAUGGCUGAACUAGCAAAGGAGCAUCUCCAGGUUGCAUUUGUGAAACUGGAAGCUGAAGCGGUUCCCGAAGUGUCUGAAAAAUAUGAAAUUACUUCAGUCCCAACAUUCUUGUUUUUUAAGAAUUCCCAAAAAAUUGACCGAUUAGACGGUGCUCAUGCACCAGAACUGACCAAGAAAGUCCAGCGCCACGCCUCCAGCUCGACCAUUCCGCCUGGCUCUAAUGACAACGUGAAAGAAGACCUGAAUGUGCGACUCCAGAAACUGACAAAUGCUGCACCUUGCAUGCUGUUUAUGAAGGGAACACCCCAGGAGCCUCGUUGCGGCUUCAGCAGACAAAUAGUGGAGAUUCUUAACAAACAUAACAUUGCGUAUAGCAGCUUCGAUAUAUUUUCUGAUGAAGAAGUACGUCAGGGCCUGAAAACCUACUCCAGCUGGCCUACUUACCCACAGUUAUACGUAGCUGGGGAACUUAUAGGCGGACUGGACAUUGUUAAGGAGCUUGAGGCUUCUGGAGAGCUGGAGACGACCUGCCCAAAGGCACAUAAAAUAGAAGACAGGCUUAAAGACCUGAUAAACAAAGCUUCUGUGAUGCUCUUUAUGAAAGGAAAUAAGCAGAUGGCGAAGUGUGGAUUCAGCAAGCAAAUUCUAGAAAUUCUAAACGGUACUGGUGUUGAUUAUGAAACGUUUGAUAUAUUGGAGGAUGAAGAGGUGCGGCAAGGAUUAAAAAAGUAUUCAAACUGGCCAACCUACCCCCAGUUGUAUGUGAAAGGGGAACUUGUUGGAGGCCUGGAUAUUGUGAAGGAACUAAAAGAAACUGGUGAAUUGACGUCUACCUUGAAAGGAGAAAAUUAAUGCAUCACAAGGACAUGUUAAUGAAGACCAAUGAAAUAUAAAAUGUAUGAUUGUUCGUUGCACUGGAACAAUUCACGAUUUGCCGGAAGGAAUAGAAUGCCGGUUUCUGAUUUCCUGCUCAUGCUUCGCAAGGCCAUACUACAGGUGUAUGUAAUUGUAGGUUUUCACCCCAAAUGUAAAGCUGUAAGCAUCUUCAAAUUGAAUUAAAGUUGGAAGCCAACAAUG